CGCAACCAUGAAGACUAAAAUUUUUACUCUAACUAUUUCGCUAAGUUUUUUAUCCACCAUAACAAGUGGCAUUGAUUCCGGCUGUACAGAACUAUCCAGAACGCCUGUGUAUUUGCAACAUCCUACGGAUUGUGACAAAUUUUUGGCAUGUUUUGGAGGGCAAACGUUCGUUCAAAUCUGCUCCGCUGGUUUGUUUUGGAAUGACCAAAUAAAGUAUUGCGAAUGGCCAGCUAGCCCAAUUUGUAUGCUAGUCAAAACGCCUAGCACACCGGCUGAAGGGCCAAGUUCAAGUACCACACCAUCAACGACAACAAAUGGUGUCUCAACUUCAAGUGAAUCGGUAACAGAGAAAACACCACUACCACCUCUAAUCAACUCUACAACGGAAGCAUCUACAUCAGCUGAACCAACAACGGCGAUUUCGGAGGAGCCUUCAACAAAGCCAGUUACUGAAUCCGUAUCAACCAAUCCCAAUGAAAUAACAACAAAUUCAUCUGAGACAACCGUUUUCGUGGAACCAACAACAGAAUCCGUAUCCUUAAAUAAAGAUGAACCGACUACAGUUCAGGCAUCAACAUCAGUUGAACCUUCUAGAACAGUUGAGCCGACGACUACAAAUGAACCAUCCUCAUCUGCGAAACCAACAAAUAACAUUGAGGAAGCAAAUCAAAUCCAAACGACAACUGAAGCAGAAUCAACAACGGAGAAGGCUUCGACAACCAAUAAACCAACAACGGAGGUUGAAACUUCAAUAGAAGAACUAACUACUACUCAAGAGUCAUCAACUACAACUAUCCCAACAACAACGACAACAUCAACAACAACAACAACAUCGAUUGUCAGGAGCACUGUUUGAAUUAAAAGGCAUCAAAAAUGGAAAUAGUACUUACGAGAGAGCAUAGCUUUUUCCACCCCAAAUUGACCAGUAAGAACUUGUAGUUGAAUACUAACACUAAAUUGUCCAUAUUUCACAAAAAUACAUAAUUUUUAUAACCAGUAUUGGCAAUUAUAGAACACGAUUUCAUGUUCUGUAGGCAGCAACGAUUAUCCAUCGAUGGAUCACAGCAGCAUCCCACCAUCGGUAGACAGGAACAUCCCACCCACGCAUCAACACAGCAACGGUUCACGUACUUAGCUUUUAGGAAGGAAGGAAUCACGGAUAGCUUAGGGAUCGGAAUCAUGGGAUAUAUGGGAAGGAAAAAGAGAAUAGCAAUAAAGGAAAGGUUUUUUUUUUGUUUGGUUCAGACUUUUAGGAGCGGACGGAUUCACGGGGAAUUAAGGAUCGGAGUCAAAGGAUAAUUUUGGAAGGAAUAUGAUAUUAACAGGGAAAGGUUCAGCCGGCAACUUGAUCGAUCGAAGUGAUCAACUUCGGUUUGUUUACAUCAGAGGUUUUCACGAACACCAAUCCGUCCUUUGUGAACGUCGAGAGAAUCAAUCCAGACCGCUUGAGUUUGAGUAACUCUCCCUUUAGUUUCCGCGUAGAUUCCGACAGGUUCUCGUUGAUGAAGAUUCUCCGAUUUAUGUUGAUGCCAAUAUGGACUUGAAUGCGAUUUCAACCAGUAUAGGUGGCGAACUAGAUGUUUGGAUUGGUAAGCGAGACAAUCGUUUAGAACACACCAAGGGAAGUUCACUAUCGGCAAACCCGAGGGCAAGUGAGAUUUUGCUGAUGAGUUCACCGAGUUCCUCGUUUGGUUGGUAUGGUAUACCGGUGAUGAUGAGAUCAUUGGCUUUGGUGAGGUGGAGCAUUUUCUCUUGUGUCAACUUUAGCUCUUCUUUGACGGAGCCAAUAGAGUUCGAGCACUCUUGUUUGUAUUUGUUCAACUCAUCUCUCAGCGUAGCUAUUUCGGACUGUAUUUCAGCUUUCGUCUCGGAGAUUUUAGUGAGCACUUGUUUGAUGGCGGCAUCGAUCAUAAUCUGGAUACGGUCCAAUAAAACGUUGGUAUCGAUGCAGUCGUCCGAGGUGUCGAGAUCUUCCUUCGUUCGUUUUGGCCUAUCUUUGCCCAUGGUUCCAAUGUAGUUGUAGGUUUCUCGAGGCUCGAUGACACGACAAAGAUGGCUCCUAACAAUUUGUCCAACUUGUGAAAAACAGACGAUGUUCAAAUUGAAGUUUCGGCACGAAAGAGCGAUCAUACGAAUGGUAUUCCGAUGAUUUUUAGAAUAACGCACGUUCAUAAAUCAAUUCACAUUAAACUGGAAGAUUUUUCGAUAGAUUUACACGGGUAAACGCACGGAUAAA